GAGAGAGAGAAAUAGAGGGAGACAGAGAGGGGAUAAGAAACCUCUCUACAAAUUGCGCGUACUAGAAUGGGAAGAAAGGAAAUGUUCAGGCAUGAGAGAUAACAUCACGACGGCUCCGCUACAAUGAUUUCGCGGCCAUUUCCACUCGUUUUCCUUGCCGGGCUGUUCAGUCUCAUCUGGUGGCUGUCGAAUCAACCGCUGUUCGCCUUGCAUCAGGAGCGGCAGCGCAUCUCCAACCUCGACCUGGUGCUGGGCGAGAAGCUGCCGUCGCAUCUCAACUUCUCCACCAGCAACUCUUCUGGCAAUCACGACUUUUAUUCUUCAAACCAGGCGCGAGCCUUUUGCCAGGCUCAUGGCUACAAUGUCUUUACGCCCCAGGCACCAUCAGGCGAGCGCAAGAUCUACGACCUGGUCAUGGUCAACACAGAGCUGGAUUGGCUGGAGAUUCGGCUGGAGACCAUGUACGAUCACGUCGACUACUUUAUCAUUGUAGAGUCGCCCAAGACUUUCCAGGGCGGCAACAAGGCCCUCAUCGUGCUCAACAACUGGGAUCGUUUCCAGCGCUACCACGACAAGAUGAUCUACCACCAGCUGACCUUUCCGGAGUGGUUCGACCCCAAACGUCCCUGGGAUUAUGAGGACCUACAGCGCGAUGCCGGCUACGACCAGGUCUUCCCACAGUUGACCGGCCGCUCAGCGCCAGUCCUCGGCGACGUGAUACUCGUGGCCGACGUGGACGAGAUCCCGCGACCCGAGACGCUCUUCCUGCUGCGCACAUGCAGCUUCCCAGCCCGUCUCACGCUGGCCUCACGCUUCUACUACUACUCGUUCCAGUUCCUCCAUACCGGCCCCGAAUGGCCUUUCCCACAGGCCACCUUCUACCGCGGCCAGCGCACCAUCCGACCGACCAACCUGCGCGCCGGCAUUGGCGGCAUCCCGCUGCUUCGGGACCUGGACAAGGGCCACGUCUCCAACGCUGCGUGGCACUGCAGCAGCUGCUUCGCCACGAUAGAGCAGUUCCUCAACAAGAUGGCCAGCUUCUCGCACGUGUGGAUGAACCACGAGUACUAUCGCGACAGGGACAUCAUUGCCGACGCGGUCCGAGAGGGGAGGGAUGUCUGGGAGCGCAAGAUUGACACGUUUGAGAAGAUUGAGAGGAAUCAGGACGUGCCGGCCGUGUUGUUGAGAGAGAGGAAGAAGUACAAGUAUAUGUUGGAUAGGAGUGGAAAGUCUGCUGGCUUUAUUGAUUACCCAUAAUUUUGGACCCAAGGAUAGAAGUACGGAAUAAUUGGAUUAAGAGCGGGCGUUGUGAUUGCAUAUAUGCCGGGAUUUAAUACUACGCAUGACGUUUUGUAUGAUAGCGACCAGAGCAAACAGAUUCAGAGCUGAG